ACAUGGUGCGCAAGCUCAAGUACCACGAGCAGAAGCUGCUCAAGCGGCUGGAGCUGGUGAGCUGGGAGGCGGCGGGCGGCAGCCUGGCCGAGGUGCGCGCGCUGCGGCGCUACCGCGUGGCGCGGCGCGAGGACUACGCGCGCUACAAGGCGCUGAGCCGCGACGUGCGCGCCCUGGCGCGGCGCCUGCGCGACCUGGGCCCCGCGAGCGGCGCCUUCCGCGCGCGCGCCGCCGCCGCGCUGCUCGCCAAGCUGCACGCCAUGGGGCUGCUGGGCUCGCGGCGCUCGCUGGCGCUCUGCGAGCGCCUCUCGGCCGCCGCCUUCUGCCGCCGCCGCCUGCCCUGCCUGCUGCUCAAGCUGCGCAUGGCGCAGAACCUGCGCGACGCCGUCACCUUCGUGGAGCAGGGCCACGUGCGCGUGGGGCCCGACGUGGUCACCGACCCCGCGCUGCUYGUCACGCGCGCCAUGGAGGACUUCAUCACCUGGACCGACGCCUCGCGCCUCCGCCGCAAGGUGCUCGACUACAACCAGGAGCGCGACGACUUCGAUCUGGAUGCCUAGAGCCCGUCGCCCGGCCGGGCCUGUGGACUGCUGGAUCGGACACUGCUUGUGUGGCGCCCUCCAUCCUGUCCCCGGCUGUCCUCCAUCCCGUUCUGAGCGCUCUCUCUGCYGUCCCGAGCCGCUCUCCAGGUCGUGCCAUACAAGAGACUCUCUGCUGCCUCCCAAAAAUAAACCAGGACAAACUCUCC